GAAUGAUGGAAAUCAUCGAAUCAAUUGGGGAAAAUUCAUACCAUCGCAUUUUCUCUGCAUAAAGCUAGUAAAGCAAGGGGAAAACCGUGUGAAAACUCGAAUUUCUAUCAUGGCGCAUCCAACCCUGGGUGUAUAAACACACGGUCAAUUAGCUAAACGUCAAAUGCGGCACAUUGCGGAGCCGCGCAAAAUGUAAACAAAACGCAGAACGGAAAAUUACAAAACAUAAACCGAAAAAUAUAGUACACUACUCUCGGUAAAACUCAAUUUACAUGGCACUGAAAUUAGUCAAGGACGCUCCAACGGUAUGGAACUAUCUAAACGGUGUGGUGAAUCUGUACAAACCAGCCGGAGUAACGGUGCAGCAAGUUCGGAACACCAUCAUUCACAACUUAUGCCGAGAUUUAAACCAACUCGAAGUGAGACCUUCGCUUCAGCGUGUCGUUAUUGAAAACAAUCUCGAUGCGAAACUGGUUGUGCGAAAGGUGGAAGACCUUUCCGACAACGUGCUGGUAACGGGGCCACGCUAUCAGCCGGACGAUAUCAAGUGUCGAUUUUGCGCUAAUCAUGGACGCUUCACUAGUGGUGUAAUAGCGCUGGGCAUCAAUAAUGGCACAAACCUCGCCUUCCGACUGCAACAGAACCGGCCGCUGCGGGUGUACCGGGUGACCGGAUUCCUGGGAAAGGCCACGGAGACACACUUUGCCGAUUCGCGAGUAACGGCACGGGCCACCAUCAGUCACAUAGGUUCGGAAAAGAUCGGCCGUUUGCUGGCCGCAAUACAGGCGUCACAUCAGCGCAAAAUGUUCGAGCUGAGCGGUAUCGACAUACAGUCGCAGGCCGCCUACGAGCUAGCGUGCAAAGGCACGAUACGACCGGCGGACAAUCGGCUACCAAUGAUAUACGGCAUACGGCUGGCAGAGUAUCGGAAACCUUUCUUUACCAUCGAAAUUCACGCAAUCAACGAGACGGAAGCGUACCUCGGCGAACUCAUCCACGAGAUUGGCAUCAACCUGAAAUCGUGCGCACAUUGCACCGGUGUACGCUGUAUACGGCACGGCCAUUUUCUGCUGGAAGAUUCGCUGCUUAAAAAGGACUGGAACCUGCAAAACAUCCUCAGCGGCAUGGCACACACGAACAAGCUCGUAAAUCAGCAUCCAGACAUGUUGCAGCAAAGUAGCUCAUCCUUGCAAGGAAUGGAAGAGUAGCCCAGACACCGAUCGAUAAGUGGUCGAGAACAAAGUCAGCGCGAACUGUGGGCGUAACACCCACGACAGCACACACUGCACACCAUUUGUGCAACUAGAAAGUUAAUGGUAGCUCAGGGAAAGUGUGAGAACAAGUUUCUUUUACAUGCGUUCAUUUUUUUUGGUCUUCUCUCGCUGUUGCAUGGCCUUAUUGGCUUGCGUCUGGAGCAAGUUGACCAUUGUCACGUGCAAUAAAUGAUCGAGGUUGCUGCGUCCAACCCCUGUGACGGCACGCAAA